UUGGCUUUUAUAACAUGUCAUGGGAGAGUAUAGCAAACAAAGAUCUCCUUAGCAUACCCCACAGUCAUAAUCUUUCAGCCACCCAUUUACUAGCAUCACCUGAUGGUUCACGUUACUUGUUAAAUAAUACCAAUGAAUUUUGUCAAUUGGAUGAAAGUUACUCACGCUUGGCUGGAUGUGGUUCCAGCCCCGAUGGUACCUCAUUAUGGGCGCGACAUGGUUAUACUCGCUCAAAUAAUUCGGUUAUUAACUGUUUUUUAGCAUGCCAACGAAGUUUAAAGCAGUUUAUGGCUCGAAGAAAGAUUGAACGAGGUCUUAAACUCUACGAACAACAUAAUCAAAAUGCCGCUGUGCGAACGUGGCGUAGUGCUUUAAAGUCGACAAGUCGCCGUGAAGAUUGUUUUCAACUGCUGGGCUAUUUAUAUCAGGCACAUAUGGAUUGGGGCAAAUAUCGAGAAGCUAUAGAAUUCGGUCAUCAACAACUUGGUAUAUCAGAAGAAUUAGAUUCUCCCACCAUGCGAGCCGAGACCUAUCUAAAUUUAGCUCGGGCUCACGAAAGAUUAGGUGGUUUGGAAAGAGCCUUAAGCUAUGCCAGACACUCAUUGUAUAAUGAAUGCGGUACGCAAUGCCGUACGGGUGGUCUGGUUCAUUUGACUGUGGCGCGUGUGUAUUUAGAAAUGGGCGGCUUCUCAAGGGCUUUCGAAGGUUUACAAGGUGCAUACAAAAUCGCAACUGCAAUAUGUGAUCCUUCAUUAGAAUUGCAGGUUUAUGUUGCUCUAUCUGAACUAUAUGGUCGUCUCCAAGACAAUGAAAAGAGUGCCUCGUACGCUUCCAAAGCUUAUGACUUGUCACGUUCUUUGCAGCUAGGUGAUCUGAAUUCUUCGCAUCAUCGAGCCGCUCUUUUACGAAUGGCUGUCGCUUUGCGUAAACAAGGUGACUUGGGUGAUGCCCAUGACUAUUGCAUGGAGGCAACGCGACUAUCAAUGAUAUCUGGCGAUCAAGCAACAUACAUGCGUAGUAUACGCAUAAUGGGUGAUAUUUAUCGCAAGAAAAUGGACUACGAUAGAGCUUUACGUCAAUAUGAACAAGCCAUGGGUAACUCAGCUUCAUUAGGUGAUAGAAUGGCACAAAUGGAAGCCAUGGAUGGUGCAGCACGAUGCUUGGAAGCUUUACGACUACAGCAAAAAAUUUGCAAUUGUCGUCCACUGGAAUUCAAUACUCGCCUACUAGAAGUAGCAAGUUCCAUAGGUGCUAAACUAUUAGUGCGAAAAAUUCGCAGACGUCUAGCUUUAAUAUAUAGAGCGUUGGGUGAUGAGGAACAAUACAAUACUCACAUACGUCUGGCUAAUCAAACAGACUCCGCACUAGGCUUGAAUUGUGGUGCUUGUGGUGAAGUAUUUGGUCUAGAGCCAGAUUCCUUAGAAGCACUGCCAUGUGCCCACAUUUUACAUGCCAGAUGUGCACAAGAAUUAAUACGUCGUAAAGAUAAAGGAGCACCGAGAGCGUGUCCGGCAUGCAAUAAGGUUCUAAGUUCCCGCUUGCACUUAUGUAGCACCAAUAUUGAAGGCAGCAAUAACUCCAGCACCACUCUAAAUCCAAACAGUUUGGCCAGGGAUAGUAUUCUUGCCACUAUGGACUCACAUAAUGAUCUUUUUACAUUGCAGAGAAUGAGUAACACAAAUCCAUCCAGUGCUCAAGUGACUCUGAUAAACAACCCUUCGGCAAGCAUUGUUAAAACAUGCUACAACGAAAACACUAAUAUUUACGGCGGCUUAAAACAGCAGCCACCGCAACAGCACAGUAACGCUGAGAGCACCUCUUUAUUAUUAGCCAACAAUUCAAAUUCUCCUAGACCGGUUUAUCGCAGCAAUUUAUCUUUGGCGUCGUUGAGUUUAAGGGCUUCAAAUCUUACUAUAGACAGUGGUCGUAAUGCGACUUCAUCGGUUUAAUUAAUUUUUAAAGCCUUUAAAAAUACACAAAACAUGUUGUAUGUAGAACUUAAA